AUGGCAAAGCUUGAGGAUGAGACGUCAGUAGGGGGUGGUCGAAGGAUUAAUGCCAUGCGCUUUAUGCAGCUAGCACUGGCUAUUACUGUUAUAUUUUCAUUGGGUUAUAUGUAUCAAUUUGUAUCUGUAAGUAUUUCAUUACGUUCCAUGGAAAAUACCGACAAGGAAGAAGAGAAUGGCGUUGUCCGGAAUCGUGUCCUUGGUCACUCUGUACUGCAUCUACAGGGCUUUGAAGCAGGUUAUAAGUUUAUCAGUGAAUAUGAAGUGGAAGUACAAGGACCAUUAUAUAUCUUUGUCAUGAGUGAUGUGGAUGAGAAUGGCAAGUAUUGGUGUCCAGACUGUGAACAAGCCAAGAAGCCCGUGAUGGACGCUUUUAACCGUGCUCCACGUGGUUCGAGACUUGUGGAAAUUCGUGUUGGAUCACAUUCCUAUUGGUCUGAUUAUAUGAAUGACUUUCGUCAGAAUCAGCUCUUUUAUUUGGAUCAUAUUCCGACACUAAUGCGAUACGAAGGUGGUGGGAAUUCGUCAACAAUGCUCACGGAAUCUUUCUGCAUGGAUUCAGCCUUGUUGGAGUAUGUUUUUAAAGUGAAUCGACCUUUGGCUGGUGCACCAAACAAGAACAAAGUACUGACAAUGUAUUCGCCGAGAGAGGUGAUUAACUACUUGGCAACCUACGACAACACGUAUCCGCUUUUCAUGUUCUUUGUGUCAGGAUACCAUGAUUUUAAUGGAAGGUUUUGGUGUCCAUACUGUGACCGUGCAAACGUAGCAGUGAUGCAUUACUACAACUAUACGGCACCGGAUAGUGCCAUUAUGGUACGGGUAAUCGUCGCUGACUCAUACAAGCAGUGGAAGAAGGCAGAUAACCCCUUUAAGCUCGUUGAGGAGUUUCAAGACAAGGUGCCUCUACGAGCUGUGCCGUUCCUUGUUUUUAUUAAGAAGGACGUUCCUGCUAACAAGAUUACCACGUACCAGUUUAUGCCAGAUUAUUCCGAGACUCGAAAACUGCAGACGUUUUUCAGGAACAAGCCUCGAAUUGUACGACCGAAGUAG